CUCCGCGGGGAUGAGCGCUCCCCUCGACGGCGCGGGGUCUGCGGCGGCACCGACGCCUCCGGCACCUCCGGCACCUCCGACACCGGCACAUCGGGCAGCGGCACCGGCACCUUGGGGAGCGGCGCUGGCGAAACGGAACGACACAGGACCGGCCGGAUUGCCCUGGGGUCCUUACAGAGGAGAAGAGAGAAAAAAAAGAUGUAAUUUGAAAAAUUCAAGCCUGCUGUGCCACCUGUGAUGGGCAUGGUUGGGAAGACAGGGAAUUUGGACUGAAAAGAUGACUAGUACUCUGCUAUAAGCCAAUUACUCUUCUGGAAAGAUGAGUAACCUACUGUUUUAACCUACUGUUAAAAAAAAAGUCUUUAUCCCAAGUUAAUUAAUAUUGUCAAAUCUAUUACUGGGCAACAGAUACCAAGUGAAAAUAUUAAUUCUGGUCUAAGAAAAUUGUUUACUAAACAGAUAGUUACUAGAAAAUUAUCAAAUCUGAGAUUCCAAUUCUUAAAAGGCUUCUGCUAAAUUUAACACUUUUUUAACCUAUGCGUGACUUCUAUUUUAGUGCAACAGCAGCACUCUAUUUGCCCUGGAAUGCAGUGUGUUCAAUUCAGCAAGUCCAUCUGAGUAGAUUUCCAUCAAUACUACCUGCUCUACAAGCCGUAUGGGAAGUCAUUGAAAUGUGCUGACACAUACUUAGCUAUGAAGUAAUUUUGCCUAAGAGCAGGUUAUUUCCUAAUUGUUCACCACUUGUUUUUUGGGUCACGUCUACUGUGUGUCAUGCGAUAAAAUCACAUGUCAUCCAGAGCCAGGAUGAGCCACGUGUGUUCCUUUUACCUUCCAAGGGUGAGAAGAGCUACUGACAGAAAUUAUUUUUAACUGACUUGUUUUGAAAUAUCUGUUGUUCCUCAAACAACGGAAGUAAAAGCUUCAUCUUGUAAGGCCCUACUCAAGACUGAAAAGAUUACUGACUAGACUUUUGGUAAGUCACAAGAUGGUAUUAAGUAGCAGCUGAAUUUAUGAAUGCUACAAGAAGAAAAAAUGUACACUGCCUUCCUUCCCAGCAGCUGGCCAUGAAAUAUGGGUGAUGUGGUGAAACUGCUUCAUCAUUUCAGCAUUUGUCCCCAGACUCUGAUCACAGAAUCACAGAAUAUCCUGAGCUGGAAGGAGCACACAAGAAUCAUUGAGCCCAACUCCUAUGUGAACAGCCCAUAUGGGGAUAGAGUGUGGAUAUACAAAUGUUAAAGCUAAGAUAAACUUAAGUGUGUAAUUCACUUGUUUCUAUAGAAAUAACUUUUUAUCCUUAGAUUAUUUCUUCAUAGUUAACAGGCUUCAGAACAUUUGCAUGGCAAUGUUAGGCAAUGUUUGUAGGACUUCCUUUUGUAUGUAUAUGGGGCUAACAGAAAGGGGGUGUAUACACAUGCAUAGUUUUUGAUUUUUAGAGUGGAUUUUCUUUCUUGUCUGAAAUCCCAUGUCAUACACAGUUGUAUGGGGCUGCAGUCUUAUUGCAACAGGACAAUUUGUAUGUUUCUCAUGCAUCAUGGGAAAGCUUGUCACUGUGGUGAUUAAUACCAGUAAGUAGCACAGUAACAUGAAAAGAUGAGCACGGAACAUGCCCUCAGCUGACUGUACUUGCUGGGUAUCUGCCUUCAAAGUUGUAACCUCUGCAGUCAUCACCGGGCCUGUAUUUCCUGUGUGUGUGUUUGGUUGUACACAUCAUGAUGGACUGGAAGAAGAAACUUUAUAUUUCAAAGGACAGAUUUAUCUAGCCCAAAAAUACAAAUGGAAGUACAUGUUCCAAUUUGAAUAUACGUAGCAUUUUAAAAUAAAAUAAAACUGACAGCUAAUCUGUUAAACCUCACACUCUUAGAAUUAAGGCAGUUAUACACUUGCAGUUGUUACUCCAGAGUAGUUGCUGUCUUGAUAUUUUAAUGUGUUAGAUGUCUCUUAUAUAGAUUUGUGCAAGUAGUUGAAUAUAUUUAAUGUUCAUGGUCAGCUUAGCAAACUUUUUAUCUAAGGCUGAUUACCAGAACAGUUUAGACAGAACCUUUGAACAUUGUCUAAUCUAGGCCUGCUCAAAACACACACAGGCAGUAUAGGCUGCUGAGGGCCAUGUCAAGCAGAGUUUUAAAUAUCUUCAAGGAUUCUGAUUCCAAAACUUUUCUGGGCACCUUUUCCAUGGCUUCUAAACAUUUGGGAUUUUCUUAUUUUUUCCUUUCCCCCCAUCUCAUAUCUGGCUGGCUCUUUUCUUGUUUCCAUGUAGGUCUGUUGCAUCUUGUGCUAUUGCUAUACAUUUCCAUGAAGGGAAAAUGCCUUGCAUUAAGCAGUUUGUGAUGGCAACAUUUAAAUAGAUUGCAUCCAUUUGUUAGGACAAAAGUGUGAACACUUCAGCUGUGGAGGCAUAUUCCAGACAGAUACAAGUCCUCAAUGCAGAGCUAAAAGAUACUAAUAUUGACCACCUUAAAUACUCUACUGGAUCUGCUGGAUCAUGGACUGUGUGUGAUGCUGUCCAUGUCACCGGAGAGGAGCCCUUCACAAGUGGCCUUGAUCCAUGUGCUCAUUCACUGAUGUCCAGCUUGUUCCUUUGCGAUCUGACUCAGCAAAGUGCUCGAGGUUUGCAGCAGUGGCUCAAGUCAGAAGGGGCUGACUUCUGAAGAUUCCAGGCAGGAUGAAAGACCGUUUAAGUGAGCUGCGUGAAUUUGCCAGGUUACACAACCAACAGUUUUCUGAUAGUGAUGAUGAUGAAAAUUCGCCCCAGGAUAUUCUCCUUUAUGAGACAGAUUAUGCCUUGGAAAUCCUUCAUAAGGACAUUCAGAGCAUCCGGGCAGAAAAUGACCACCUGAAAGCGGAUGUCAACCGUCUCAGAAAGCAAAACACCCGCUUCCUCACUUCCAUGCGCCGUCUUAGUAGCAUCAAACGAGAUACUAAUUGUAUUGCCAGAGACAUUAAGAGCCGUGGAGAAAGCAUCCACAGGAAACUGCAGGUAAUGAGAGAUUUCUGUGAAGAUGCAAUAACAAAAUACGGAGCUAUGUCUGUCAUUGCCAGGGUGGCAAAGAACCACUACGUUGACCUCAUGCACACAUUUCAGGACGCUAUGUUUGAUUACAAUGCAGCAGAAAUGAACCAGCGGGAGAACUGCAAGAUUCGAAUUCAGCGGCAGCUGGAGAUCAUGGGCAAAGACGUUUCUGGUCACCAGAUUGAGGAGAUGAUUGAGCAAGGCAAAUGGGAUGUCUUCUCAGAGAAUCUCUUGUCGGAUGUUAAGGGAGCUCGUGCAGCCUUGAAUGAGAUAGAGACGCGGCACAAGGAGCUGGUGAAGCUGGAAGGUCGCAUUAAGGAAGUUCAUGAGCUCUUUCUGCAGGUGGCUCUGCUAGUGGAGGAACAGGCAGACACCUUUGAUGUUAUUGAGAUAAAUAUGCAAAAUGUUGAGGACUAUGUAGGAGAUGCUAAAGACCAAGUGAAAAAAGCUUUGGAAUACAGGAGAAAACAUCCCCUCAGAACAAUCCUCUGCUGUUGCAUAUCUUGUUGCAGAAGGUGAUGGUCCCACUGGAGCUAUCACAGACUGACUUGAAUGUCUUCAAAAUCAGGUGUUCUUUCCACAGACUUUUCUGUAAUGACGAGCCCUAGAAAUAGGGGGGAUAUUUUGCAGUUGGUUUUGUUCAUUGCCUGUUUACUAAAUGUGCUGAAGGUUGUUUGUAUUUAUGAACUCGAUAGAGAUAUUGAUAAAACUAUUUUUAAUGUAAUUUUUAUUGAAAGAUCCUGUUACUGUAACUAGAGGUGCAAUAUCUCUACAGUGAUACUCGUUUCAUAUAGCCAAGAAAGAAUGAAUAACUUAUCCUAGGGAAGAUGAAUACUUUUAAGAAGUAACUUUAUUCUUAUUUGUUGAAGUGAGGCUGCAGGCAGUGAAGCCUUAUUGCCUGGGGCAACACAGUAUACCACAGAAUCAGGAGGUUUCAGUUUUAACUACUUUGGAGCCUUGAUACAAAUUUGACAAAAUACUGAGCCUGGAGCAAGAGCAGGACACAGAACUAGUUUCUCUUUCGACUUGAUUUUCAGCUGUCUGGAAUUUUAACAGAAGUGGCUGCACCUCAAAUGAUAAUAUGCACAUUUUGUCCUAUUUAUGUGCAAGUGACUGCUUUUUUCCAUUUUGAGUAUCCAGCUAUCUCAGGGUGGCUAAAAGCACUGCAACACUGAGACAUCUCACUCACUUUUUAACUUGAGGCACUCUUGACUCUCGUUUUCAAACCUGCCAUGCUUUUAUGUUCUGAUGCAAUUUUCUGCCAAUUAACACUGCAGCCAGAGGAGAAAUAUGGAGUGGCCUUCUGCAGAAACACGUAUAAGAAGACAACAGCUGUGGGGCUGAGAAAGCAUUUUAGGGUCUCCUGUACUGGCACAUACAUAGAAGCAGUUUUAGUGGAAUGACUGGCCUGUCAGUACACUUUUAUUUUUUAUAAGCAUUGACCAAAUAUGGGUUUUUAAAUAAGAUGAAGGAUUAAAUUUUUGUAAUAUGCAAUUUUACUUGUGUACAAAAAUUUUGACUUUUCUCUAAUUGUUGGGAAAUCUCCACCUGGGAAAGUAAACAGAACUAUUUCUUCAGUACACUUGAAGAAAAAAGAAAACAGUUUCAUGCCAUUUCAGUGCUCUUUUCAAGCUACAAAGGAAACUCUCCUCUUGUGGGAGUCUGCCCUUACACAAGGGCAAACCAGUAGGUUUGGAGUAUUGCAAGGAAAUGAAAAACUGUGCAGUCCUGGUAAGCACUGAGCAUUGUCAGUGGAGCAUAUUCAUAGAGUCUGGUGAUUGAUCACAACUCCUGCUUCUGGAGGUUUUCCAACUGUAUUUCUAGGUGGCUUCCUGAUACACUGUGAUCUAUUGCUGUCCUUUGAAAAAAUGCAGGACAUUUUUUCAGAUUUUUUUUUUUAACUGAUGGUCCUAUUUGUACCAAUUUUAAUAAAUAUAUUUCAACAUUUCAAA